GCCAUAUCAGACAAGCACAACGCACACCAUGCCAUGCCACACACAACCCGACCAACACACACACACACACUCUCGGAAACACACACACAACCCGACACCCUAGUACACAUGCAGAGUUGACAUUCUCAGCUGCAACAAACUGUGGAGGCGGCCAAUCACACCCCAGCGUAAUGCCUGUUGCAACGCUCUUUUCCUUUUUUUAGUCGUCCACACCCGUGGCCCAUCCCACCUCUGCCUCCCAUUGUUUACAGCCGGUCCACCGUCCAAUCCAUCCCGCGAACGCUCGCUCCCCCGGCUAAAUCUUGCUUGUGUGCCUGCAUCCCGAGAGGACCAGGCGCCCUCGACAGGUCAACAUGUGGUCAGGCUCGCCCCUCAAGUUUGAGCAUUCGCAACAUCCUCCCCAGCAGCUCAACCAUAACAAUCAUCUCCACCUACAACACCAGCAGCAGCAUACCCAGGGCCAGACCCAGGGCCAGGGCCAGGACGCAGAGUUCAACAAUUUCCACAUGCCACCGCAGGCUAUGCCUUCCACACCAACACAUCACCGCCGCGGCCAGAGCCUGAGCGCAAUCCCUACUCUGCCUCGGACGCCAAACCACCACCAGCUGCGCCCGCCCGUCUUCCUCCACAGCCCCAUGCAGAGGACCAAUUCAAAUGGGUUGAUUGGCGUCGGCGAUGUCUUUGCCUCUAACAACUUCGAGGACAACAUGGCAUACUACUCACCAGUCAUGUCUCCCGGCACGGCGCUCGAGAGCCUCAACGAGGAAUUGACAAACUUCGACCUCGCCGGCUUCGGCGGCCCUUUGGGCUCGGUGCCCGGCGGCUCCUUCUACGAGUCGUCUCCCAUGCCCUCUCCGGGCCAGACCACCUUUCCCUUCAACAAUAACAACCCCUUCAGCGGUGCUCCAGAGUCGACCAUGAUCCCCUCGAGGACAGCAUCCCCGCUGUGCACCAGCUUCAGUCCCGGGCCCGACUCGCAACCCACCGAUAUGCAGUCCUUUAUCCGAACACCACAGCAGUCUCCCACAAGGCAGGGCUUCCGAGAAUUCGUCUCCACCCCCGAGCCCUCGCCAACGCACCACAGCAAUCCCCUCAAGGACUCGCUGCUGCAGGCACGACAACCCUCGCCCACCAGGGAAGCCGUUAUAGAACAGCUCAUCCGAACCCCGGAUCCCUCGCCAACCCGCCACAGCUUCUCCCACGCAAGCCCACAUCCCCAUGGCAACCUCCUGCAGGGCGCCCCCGACCUGCGCCCAAUGCACACCCCGAGGGGAUCCGGGAGCCCCAACCGAAACCGCCAGUCCCCGAGCCCUACCCGGCGCAUGCGCGCGCAUCAGCGGACACAGAGCUUACAGAGCAUCAACAGCGUCGUGAGUCUGGCAGAUGGUGACAUGGAGCAAUACCGUGUCGAGUCGACCAUCAAGCCAGAGCAGAUUUCUGAGCUCAUUGGCGAGACCGAGUCCCCGCCUGGAGCACCCGCACCACAAGAUUCCGGCGCCCCUGGUGACAAGGCCUCCACCGGGACCGACGCCAACAAGAAAUACAUCUGCAAAUGGAUCGAACAGGUUACCAACAAGGACGGGUCGAGCGAGGACAAGACAUGCGGCCAAUUCUUCGAGCGCAAGGAGAACUGCAAAGCGCACAUCCAGACACAUCUCGACGACAGGCAAUACAAGUGCCCGUACGGCUUCUGCGGGAAACUCUUUGUGCGAUCCCACGACCUGCGAAGACACCUGCGGACCCACGACGUGCACAAGAAGUGGGUAUGCCCCUGCGGCCGCGACUUCAGCCGCGCAGACGCACUACACCGACACCAGGGCAGGGGCAACUGCAUCGGGGCACCGCCAGGGACGAAGCGCAAGGAGCCCGCCAAGCGCGGCAGGCCGCCAAAGAAGAAGGACGGCGUGCCGGGGGCCUCGGACCCCAACGCGCCGCCGACCAUCGUGCCGCCCGGAGACCUCAGCCAGCCGCCGCAGCCGCACCUGAGCGGGACCAACCCCAUCCACAACGGGCCGAGCUUCGCGCCCAUGGGCGGCAGCAGCAGGCACGACAGCGCGGCCAUCCUGGCCACCACGGAGGACGACCUCAACAUGGACCUGCGCAUGGACGGGCUGCCGAGCCUGGACAUCGUCGACAUGGAGCACCACCUCGCGCCGCCGGACCUGGACCCGAGCCCCAGCCCUACGCGGGACGCCGACACGUGCCACUCGAGCGGGUUCGCGUCCAGCAGCCUCGCGCCGAGCCCGCUGGGCGACGAGCUCAGCCCGUCGCCCGUGCCGCCCGACUGCGGGGACACCAUGCUGUGCGGGCCGCCCGGGGACGAGUGGCUCGAGGACCUGAUCUUUAUCAACGACAACUUUGUCGAGAACGGGUCUGUCUGACAGCCGUGGCAGUCCGGGGCGGCCCUCGCCCGUCAUAGCCUUCGGGCUAAAUAGAAAUAGCAGCAUACCUGCCUGGCAGCCGGGGGCGAAAUCCCCCAUCUGACCCUCUGUGUACGAUGUUCGAGCGAAGUCUUUGGGAUUUGAAACGAGCGGGAUCAGCAGCGCAUCCUCUUCUUGUACUCCGUCUUUGGCCUCGCCUAUACCUACCUGUCUACCUCCCUCCUUGUCGGUUUCGUUUCCUAUACAAGUGCGCUUGCUGCGUCUCAGCAGAGGCCGUGAUCUGUCUUGCUUCGCUUGGCGGGACUGGGCAGACCUUAAAAACGCACGGAGAGAGUCAGCGCAGGGAAAGGCGGCAGGCCUUUCUUGCCGGGUGGGCGGUGAGGCGUUUCUCUUUUUUUCUUUUUUUGCUUUGGGAUGUUUAAUAGAACGCCAGCGGGCAGCAAGACGCGCGCAGCCUGGCCCCUUCACACAAAGGCAGGCAGGCAGGCAGGCAGGCAGGCGGCUGAUUGGGCCGGAUGGCUCUGGUCUGGUCUGGCUGGUAUGGGGACCUGGGAUCAGGGGGGCGGUGUUCACUUAUUUUAUCUUAUUUUAUUUGUUCGAUCUGCUAACUUCCUUUUGUAUCCCGAUUUUGCCUUAUUUAUUCCUUUACUUGAUAACUACUAUGAGCGAGGCGGACAUUGCAUGCUAGCAACGGGUUUUCUCUUUCUUGUUAUUUGUCUCCUCCCUGCUUGGUGCUGUUGUAGCUAGAUGUAUUUACCUACCUACCUACGUAGUUCGGUCGUGUGGACCUGCUCGACCAGGUCUGAAUGUCGAAAAGGGGAUUGUUUA